AAACGAUUGAGAUCGGACGGCUGAAAACAUCCAACCAAACCUCUUGAUUUGAUCUUAAGUGGAGACGACCCGACCCACUCAAGAGAAAGUUGCUAUAGACUGUACGGCCCGAAAAGUCAAGCGCCACAGCCCAGCUGACCGAAGCUUGUAUGCUAAGGAAGGAUAUAUAUUGUGAGUGAGAUUGCGACCAGUGUGCAAAACAGUCUUUAGAUCCAUUUGGGAAAAAAAUGGCCAAUCCGUCCGUAGGCGUUUCUGACAGGUUGCCCAUCACUCACGUUAUCUUCGACAUGGACGGUCUUUUACUUGACACAGAGAAGUUCUAUACUGAAGUCCAGGAAAUUAUACUUGCUAGAUAUAACAAAACCUUCGAUUGGUCUCUCAAGGCCAAAAUGAUGGGAAAGAAAGCAAUAGAGGCUGCUAGGGUCUUUGUUGAAGAGUCAGGAAUUGGUGACUCUCUUACCGCUGAGGAUUUUCUUAUAGAAAGAGAGGCAAUGCUUCAAAAUUUGUUUCCAACAAGCGAGCUCAUGCCAGGGGCCAGCCGCUUGAUCAAAUAUCUUCAUGCAAAAGGAAUACCAUUUUGCUUGGCAACAGGAACACACAAGCGGCAUUUUGAGUUGAAAACACAGAGACAUGGUGAAGUUUUUUCAUUGAUGCAUCAUAUUGUUCUCGGUGAUGAUCCAGAAGUUAAACAAGGCAAGCCAUCACCAGAUAUAUUUCUUGCAGCAGCCAAGAGAUUUGAGGGUGGCUCAGUAGAUCCGCACAAGGUUCUUGUGUUUGAAGAUGCUCCCUCAGGAGUUCAAGCAGCUAAAAAUGCUAGGAUGUCUGUUGUUAUGGUUCCAGAUCCAAGGCUGGAUAGCUCUUACCAUGACAAAGCAGACCAAGUUCUGAGCUCGCUGUUGGAUUUCAACCCAGAGGAUUGGGGUUUACCACCAUUUGAAAACCCAGUCGACUAAGCUUUUAAUCCAUUGUGUAUGGUCCUGAUCGACUGAUGGUUGAUCAGAACUGGAGGGACUGCUUUGAUAACAUAAUUUCUAAAUUAUCUUGUCAUUGCUUAGCCAUAAUGAGUUGGGUAUUUAAAUUUUCAUUUAUAAUAACCUAGGGCAGUUCCUUUGUGAAGAAUGUUACUAACUUGGGAAUAUUGUAGCCAUGACAAAUGAAAUAUAAUUGAAAAAAGUAUCCUCCCAUUUUAAUGACAA